CUGGAUCCACAGUGCCUCUUGCCCACAGCCCGGGAGCGCUGCCUCUCUCUUGCUGCUGCUCAAGAAUAAUUUUUUUUUCCUUUCCUUCUCGUUUCAUCAGCAAAGAAGCAGCGGCUGCCAAGAGCUCUCUGCCUUGCUUGGCUGAAGGGUAUAAAUACCCUGUGGGGAGCUCCACGGGGAUCAGUAGCAGCUGCUGAGACCAGAGCAUUCAUUGCCUCCACUGGGUCCUUUGCUGAUCCUCUCUCUAGCUUUGAGAGAUCUUCCCCCAUCUCCUCCCCAGGCAGGAGCCACAACUUCUCGGGGACUCACAGAGAUCCGUCUAGAGCAACAGAGCCUUCAAGAAAACCAGACGGCGUCAUCUUCAGCUUGAUUUCCAUUGAGUAGAGAAUGGCUGUGAGCCCUGCCCGCUCUUGGACCAUUCCUUUGGGAUGCUUGCUGAUUCUGAUGCAUGAAGCUCAUUGUUUCAUCUUGCCCAAUGCUACUCACCUGGAGAGCCUCCUGAGCAGGUACCGGGAUGAGAAGCCUCACUCCAGAGCCAAGAGGAGCAUCCCGUGGUCGGACAGAGAGGAGAUUUUGAUGCUCCACAACAAACUGAGGGGCCAGGUCUACCCUUCAGCCUCCAAUAUGGAGUACAUGACAUGGGAUGAUGAGCUGGAGAGAUCUGCUGAGGCUUGGGCUCAUGAAUGCAUCUGGGACCAUGGACCUGCCAACCUCCUCCCAUCCAUUGGUCAGAACUUGGCAGUUCAUUGGGGCAGGUAUCGCACCCCAGCCUUCCAUGUCCAGUCUUGGUAUGAUGAAGUUAAGGAUUAUACUUACCCGUAUCCACAUGAAUGUAAUCCCUGGUGUCCAGAGAGAUGCUCAGGAGCUAUGUGCACUCACUAUACCCAGAUCGUCUGGGCCACCACCACCAAGAUGGGCUGUGCUGUCAACAUCUGCAAGAAGAUGAACGUGUGGGGUGACAUCUGGGAAAAUGCCGUUUACCUGGUCUGCAACUACUCUCCUAAGGGGAACUGGAUUGGAGAAGCCCCGUAUAAAAAUGGCAGGCCCUGCUCUGAAUGCCCACCCAGCUACGGGGGCAGCUGCAAGGACAAUCUCUGUUACAAAGAUAACCAUUAUGCCCAAAAACCUGAGACGGAUGAGACUAACGAAGUGGAGACUCCGCCAAAUGCAGAGGAAAAAUAUGUGUGGGCGCAUGAGCCGGUGAACAAACCCAGAGCAACCAAGCCCAAGAAAACAACCCCUGCAGACCACUACAUGACUCAAGUCAUUAAGUGCGACACCAAAAUGAGGGACAGCUGCAAAGGGUCAACGUGCAACAGGUAUCUGUGUCCUGCUGGCUGCAUGAACAGCAAAGCCAAAGUCUUUGGGACGUUCCAGUACGAGAGUUCUUCCAGUAUUUGCCGUGCUGCUCUUCAUUUUGGUGUUAUUGAUAACAGAGGAGGCCUGGUUGACAUCACUAGGAAAGGGAGAACACUGUCUUUUGUGAAGUCCACAAGACAUGGUGUUGAAACAUUAAGUAAAAAUAAACCUUCAAAUGCAUUCAUGGUCUCCCAAGUAACAGUGCAGACGCUGGAUUGUUAUACCACAGUAGCUGAACUGUGUCAGUUCAAAAAGCCAGCGGCUCACUGCCCUAGGGUGUACUGUCCAGCCUACUGUAAAGACGAGCCUUCGUACUGGGCACCAGUGUAUGGCACGAAUAUUUAUGCAGAUAAUUCCAGUAUCUGCAAAACUGCCGUGCACGCAGGGAUCAUUGCCAACGGGGAGGGUGGUUACGUGGAUGUGAUGCCUGUGGAUAAGAAGAAAUACUACAAUGGCUCUUUGAAGAAUGGAAUCAAGUCUGAGAGCUUGAAGAGUCCUAGAGAGGGGAAGGCUUUCCGGAUUUUUGCUGUUAAGCAGUAAAUUCCCGAGGACGUUGCCAAGUACCUUUCCAAGAGUGAUCCACUGAUCUCAACACACAGGAGCGCUCAGCUGAUGGCAUCUGCUCUGGCAUGUAUACCCUCCCGGUCAACCUCUUUCAGGGAAGAAAAGAACAAGUCGCCAAGAAGUUCCGACUCAACUGUCUGCAUCUCAAUGGCAUCAGUUCAGUGUUGUUGUUUUUUUUUAAUUAUUAUUAUUAUUAUUUUGUUUUGUUGGUUUUUUUUUUAAUCCUGGGGCAUUCAGCAAUGACAGACUGGUGUAUCUUUCCAUUUGAAAAGAGGCGUGAUGAACACAGCAAGCAUGGGUUAACUUUCAAUCAGCAUAGAAGUCUUCUAUGGGCCCCCAUCUAGACUUCAGCUUUCGAAGUUCAUGCUCAUAUGGCAGUGACGGCACAUCUCGGCGAGCAGAAUCAAAAGUGAAAUCUUGUACAAGGGGUGGGCCCUUUGAAAUACAUUCUUUUAAAGUCACGGUUCUUUCAGAGGUGGGGAGCAUGGUUUCUUUGGAAGCAUGUUUAGUUCAUUUGAUUUAAAAAUUUUUUUUUUUUUUUAAGAACAACCCAUUUUUGUCUUCCUAGUCAGGUAACAUGUGCACAAGAAAUGUUGAGGUAGAUUGGUGAUGUGUUGCAUUAGGUCAAGUAAAUGAUGAUGUCACAUGCGGUAGGACAUCCGGAGAGGGCUGAAAGAUUCCUGGAGUUGAAAUUCCUUGGAAAAUGGUAUGAAAGCAUGUAAAGGGGGCAAAGAUCCCCCUGCCCAGAAAGUGAGGACCCCAGAAAAACCAAACUGUGGGUUUGGUGUUUGCUGGUCAAACAUUUGCAAGUGCUUAGCGCAUUGGGUGACCCAUAACGAGUUGAGGAAUUAGUGCUCCUGUCCUGGCACAUCUCCAAGUUAUACUGCGCACCAUUUUUUAUUUACAGUUAAAUGCAAUUUAUUGUUCUAUACAGCAGUGCUGGUUUUAUAUGUAGUAAUUUAGCAAGGAUGAAAUGUUAAUCUUAUUUUUGUUAGACAUGGGUGCAUCCAUGUAAAGCGUCUUCACUUUAACCCUAAUGGAGAUAUUUUGUACAGUUCUGAGGCUUUAAAUAUAUGGAAUGUAAGGGGGCUGGAUCAUGACCUUGCAUACAGUUGGUAUGAUUUCCAACAUGAUGAUUAUAUCUGUGAGCAUUCAAGGUGUUGGUUGUUUUGGCUUUUUUUAAAGUUUUUAAUUUAAUUACUUUGUGAUUUCAGAUUUUGCUCCCAAUAGGCGUGUCCUGAAAAGCGUACAUGUGUGGUUUGCAGUGCCACAAACUCUUUUGAGUACAGUGCAUGUGAGCCCAUUUGCCACUCGUUCGAGUGCAUGUGAGCCCAUUUGCCAUGUUACUAAUUAGCAGCAUGGAAUUUUUUUUUGACACUGGAAGAUCCUAGUGUCAAAAAACCCCCCUGCUACUAAAAAAAGCAGCAUGGUGCGUGCAGCAGCAGCAUACAUCGCCAGAAACGGAGCCUGGCUCCCAGGAUCCUAGGUAAGGCUGCCAGGACCAGCACAGGUGCUGGCCCCAAUCAGCCCUACCCCACCCAGGUCAAUUUGCUGCAUGCCAGAGCACAUGUGCAGGGCGUGACCAGGGACAAAUAGCAUCAGCACAAAUAUGUGCCGCUGCUAUUCGUCCCAUAGGAAAUGCGCGCCCCUGCAUGUGCGUGCUCGUCUGGAUGUGCCCAACAGAUGUUUAAAUAUUUUGCAUAGAAAAUAAGCCCCCAAAGUAGCCCAUUAUAAUAUGCUCUUUAAGAUCAAAUAGAAAUAAUUGAUUUAUAGCUUAAACUAAUUGCUCCCACACUCUCAGACCAGUAGCAUUGAUCUAAGCACAAAUCUAUUCUUCCCUUGAAGAAAUCCUGUGAAAUAUGAACUUUCCUUUCUACCCAGGAGAACUUUUCCGAUCUUUCCUCCAAUGCCUGAUGAAGGGUGUUUGUGCCCAAAAGCUUGCAACUAAAGACUUUUUUUUUUUUGCAAAAAUCUUUUGGUCUAAUAAAAGAUAUCACCUCUACUACGAGUCCUGAUUUGCCUUUUCCUCUAGACCAAUCUGGCUACAACCUGGAUACCUUUUUCCCUCGAUACACAUACCCACAUUAACAGGAAGAAAGUUGCAGAACCUUUAGCUCUUUGGUUGAUAUGAACCCAUAAUCCCCUUUGCUCAGUUACUCAUUUGUAGUAUGAAGCAUAUGGGAAAUAUUUCACUCGACCUAUUCUAAUUCCAUUAUAGCCUGAACACUCAUUUAAUGUUUAAACCUCACAAAUGCAGUGAGAAAAAUUAAGUUCAUCAAGCUGUUUGCCUCAUAAUCGAGGUUGCCUUUCACUGCAAAAUUUGAAUUUAGAAAAAGUCCUUCUGUCACAUUUGAAACCUGUCAUCUCUAGCAGUUACACAUGGUGAGCCUGCCUUUUGGGAUGGCCACGGAGAAUUAAUUUAAUAUGUUUUCUUUAUUUAUUUAAUGUGGUCUUCUAAGGUGUGCAGUAUUUGCUUCAGAUAGUAAGGAGAACCAAUUAAUUUGUCUGUGUGAGCUGAUGUUAAAAACAGCUGUAAAGCAUCUGAGAAAAGUGCUUAGUUGGACAUGUUUGACAUCAUGGCAGGGAGAGAAGUCGGGCUUCCUUGUUUCUGUCCACUAUAAAUAAUAUGGCUACAGGCUUUCUAGUUCAAGCCCACGAAAUACCGUAGCAUGACACUUUGGCCCCCACAGGUCAAAGGGGAAUAACAAUUUCUGUUACUGAGGGCAGAACUGGAAAGCAGAAUAGGUUCAAUUAAAUGCCCGUUGGGAGGUUUUGUGUUGACUUGAUGAUUAUUGGAUUGCAUCAUAUUCGGCAAAGUGGUACAUCACAAUGGAUGUGGAGUGUCGGCACUUCGUAGUCCUGUCCACGGUAAUCACAUACUUUAUAAAAUGAUGGAAUGAAAUCUGAGACGGGGAGGGAAAGAGAAUUGAAGAAUUGCUAGGAAGCACUUGUGAAAAUCGAAAUAACUUGGAAUAUAGCUUUCUUUCAGAGCAAAGGGGGGGAAAGCCUAACACUUUAUAUUCUAAAUGCUUUUUAUACAUGCAGUAAAUGAUAUUCCUAUUCUUGAAUUAUCUUCAGCCAACUGGUUUGGAUUCUCAGAAACUGGUAUUAAUUUAAAUCCGUGCGUCUUUAAUUGUAUAUGUUGUUGUACAGCAGAUAAAUUGUGGUUUUUGAUACAUAAUCAUUCUUUGACAUCCUGGGUGCUACUAAUUUAAAUAACGCCUCUACAGUACGUAGGAGAGGUCACUUCCUGUAGGGCGCAAAUGGCAUAACUUCUCUUAAAGAUUCAACUAUAUAUGCCAGAUUACCCAUGUUUUGGUGGGAUACGCCUUAUUUUUAACCAAAUAUUUACUGAUUUUCUUUUACCUCUGUCUGACCAAAGCAUUUCUUAGCCGAAUACACUUCAACGCAGCUUAAAGGUCCAGUGUGUCUUUUUUUGUCACCAAAUAUGUCCUGUUUAAAUCCAGUUCAACAUAGUAGUAAAGCAAGUGCCUAGCUUUAAGCACAUGGGUAAUCCCAUGGAAAUCAAACAGGGUGCCCACGAGGUUAAACACCUUGCCAAAUCAAUGCCUCAAAAGCCUUUUCAAGUCUGGCUAACCAGUGCCAGGUUAACGCAGGUGAUGGUAACAAGGGGCAUCAGGUCACACAACUGUCAGUAAAAAGGCAUCCGUUAGGCAUGCUGCUUUUCCAGAGAACUGAAACCACUUCUCUGAGCAGAGGCCGUUUUUAUUUCAGUGUCUCUCCACCAGCAGGUGUGUGGUAUGAUGCCUCUUCACUGGUGUCCAUUGAGGGAGUCUGUAGUGCUUCAGCCGACACCUGAGUGAAAGUCUCCAGUGCUUUAGGUUUGUUUGGUUGUGCAUUCUACAUAUUUAGGGCCAGUUUAUAUAUUUGCUUUUUUCUAUGAAAAACGAUGUAUUUUACUACUUCUUUUGUGCAAAAGUUUAUUGUACUUUUGGGGGUUUUUUUGCAUGAGCUUUAAAAGGGCCAUGUUUUUUGUUUGUAAAACUCUUCAUUUUUCUAAAUGCAGAACUGUAAAAUAGCUUUUUGGUUGUUUCUGAAUUACUUGUGAAAUAAAACUUUUAAGGAAUAAAAAGUCAUGGUUAUAACAUUUAA